AUGAGUGCGAAAUUGCACGUCCUCAAUGGUGUGCCCAUGGAGCCUUCCAAGAGAGGAGCGAACCCCGUCCACAGUUAUGCAAGAUCCAGAGUGUACGAUCUCCGCCGUUACACGGAUGACACUUUAUGGGGCCCGUUCAUGGACGACGGCUCUCAACGAGUCGACUGGGAGAAGUUGGAGAGCAUUCUGAUUGUCUUGUCCCACAACAUUAACCGCUUUUGCGAACGAACCUACGGACGGUUUCGUCCCAUUUGGAAUGUUCCCUUUACCGGCGUCUCCACAAACAGUUUUCGCAGCAAGCCACCAUUUAGGUUCGAGGACAACGAUGAAGACGACGAUUCCGAUGCACCAAACUUCCAACGCGUGGAUUCACUCCUGAACAAUGCGGGCUCGUUUCUCGAGGAACAGGAUCCGUACGGUGUUACUGGAACCUGGGCAAGGAUUGUCUGCUUUCUUGACUAUACUGAUCUGUACCACUUCAACUUUGAAAAUGAUCCGGUUCCGGACGAUCAACCAAGGGAGCCAAUUUCAACACAAGAAGCCAUUCGCUUCAUCACACUCAAUCUCCGCGUCAGAAGAAUCGAGCCUCCCGGCCCUGGUGAUGGGCAAGAGCUCCCAGUUGUUCAUUUCACAGGCACUUCCCGUUCCAUGCAUGCUUCGUGGGACCCCAACGCCAAUUCGAAGAUCAGAGGCACCGUGCGGCAGACCCCCGAGGGUCACGUUCGAUGGACAUCAUUCUCGAUUUUCCACGGCGAAGAGCGGUGGCGCAGUGAGUGCGUGCAAGUAGGAGGGCUACGAUCCGCGCGCGGAAUGCUGGGGACGUGGUUUGACAAGGACUAUAGCCCCGAAGGGCCGGCGGGGCCGACGGCAUUCUGGAAGAUCUCGGACAGCCUCAUUAAGAGCGAUCAAAAUCCUCCGCUCCUCCCGUUGUCCUGA